UGAGACGCGGCUUUCGGCCAUGUUGUGGUUUUAAAUGAGGAAGAAGCGGGAGAGGUUAUCGUGCAAAAUAAGUUUUUUCAUUCACAGUAUUUCUUACGGCUCUCGACUCAGUUGAAAAACAACAACAACCACAAUUACUGACACACGCAGAAGACUGUUUUGAGGUAGUUGAGACAGACGAAAUAUAUCGGUUCGUCACUUCUCGCUAGUAUUAGCAUUGUAAGCUAACUAGCUAGUUAGCUAGGUAGUUGUCGAGAGGUUAAGCUUGGCUUAGGUUAGCUAGCUAGCUAGCUCGCGAGGUGCGUUUACUGGAAAUGGGGAUUAGGCUAGUCAGCUAACAAAGCUAGUUAGCAUUUGGUAACUCUGCCUACUAGCAUGCGCGCGACGGGCGGGAGUUACCCGAAUGCAGGAGUUCAUAGACGUUAAAUAUAUUUGACUUGUGUGGCUUGAGGAGUUUCUUCUAACGAGCUUCAACAUGUUCAAUAAAUUCUACGAAUGGCUCGGAAGUGGAAUAGCAACUCUUCGCGACGGAGUGCCGGCUGCUGAAGAUCCGUCCGACGCCGUCCGAGUUCAACAAGACGCUCCUUCACAGAGGAAAAGACCGUUAGAGAGUUUUGAAGAUGGGGGUACCAUGAAUCAUGAAGAGGACAGAGCUGUGAAGAAGUUUAGAAUGGGAGAUAUUAUGGACACAAUGAAGAAUGCUGCUGAAGGAAUGAAGACCCAUGGCUCCAGUGUUGCUUCGUGGAUGCGCAACAGCGUUAGUCCAACCUUGAGGAACAUGCUACCUGCUUCUCCUGGCCCACCUCAAACUCAAAUGCUAUCAUCUGAUGCAGCUAAUUUAUCAGGAUCUGUGUGGACUAAAAACAAGUUGUUUGAAAGACUACACGAAACGCACAAGGACACAUUUAUUGCUCCCGCAACAGCUUUUGAAUGGAAGACCAUGGUUAAAUCAGACUCCUUACGAACUGAGCAGUCCGUGACUAUAUUGAAGGCCAGCAAACGGCACAGACGUGCAAGCCUUCCACCCCAUGAGACGCACAAAACCAACGGCCACACAGUCACUACCUGCACCUCUAAACCUUGCCCGUCCCCGCGACUCGGCCGUCCUCUUUACGUCAGACCGCAGAGGUCACCGAGUCGAUUUUUGACUCCUGGGCCAAGCACGAGGAACGCAUCUUACACCAGCAUGUAUGAGAAAACCUUUCCCAUUCGAGUAGUGCAGAAUCCUUCCUCUGGCUCCUCCAGCCGUCACUGGAGAGGCAGAGCUCAUUGCACAGCACAAGAGUCAGUACGUGAGGAGGAGAAGGAGGUGUACAGGCAGUUACUAGCCAUGGUGUCUGGCGGCCAGUCGUCGUUCUUCCAUGACAGCACUCCUAACCCAGGGAUCCGGUCACAUCGGGAUUUUUCCAGUUUCCUGACAUCGAGUCGCAGGUUGCUGCAUUGCGCAUCGCCAGCAGGCUCAGGAGCGGGAGAGUCCUCUCUCGGUUUAUCCAGCCUGUCUCCUAGUCCGCAGACCUCGAGCGCAAUGCACAGCCCUUGUGCGCUCUCCAACGGGCCUGAAACCCAGUCCUGGGAUCCUGAUUCAGAUGGCAAAUACGCCGCAAGAAAAACGGCAUUGGCCGAGCGGUCUGUGCCCUCACCUGCGGCUCUUCAGGAUACUACUUCUCAGGACACGCAAUCUUCUGGUGUGCACUCGGCUCAUGAUGGGGAUUCUGUCAUUUUUGUAAAGGAGCAACAUGGCAAGAGACCAGAGGGCUCCAGCAUGCCAUGUUUCCAAGCUGAGUUGUGGAUCAAAGAACUGACAAGCCUUUAUGACGCUCGAGCUCGGGAGAGACGGAGGCUAAUCGAGGAGCAAGAGGCUCUGGCGUCUCAGCUUCUGCGUCAGCGUCUUUCCGGUGAGGCUAGAGCCGAUUUAAGAAGUGUGGAGUUGCGGGUGCGGGUUCCUCUAGAAAAGGAGGUUCCUGUGACCCUCGUCAUUGAGGAACCAGAGCCUGAAGCAGAGGAACAGGAAUUCCCCGAGUUGACCGAGGCCAUGGAAAAUGAGGUGAGCCAGGCACUAAGAGGAAAUCAGGACGAUGUGCUCAGUGAGGGAUUCCGCCUCACCAUCACCAGGAAGGACCUGCAGACCCUCAACAACCUCAACUGGCUCAACGAUGAGGUGAUAAACUUCUACAUGAACAUGCUGGUGGAGCGGAGCAAGUCGCCCCACCUGCCCUCUGUUUACACCUUCAACACGUUUUUCUUUCCCAAGCUGCGCAGCUCGGGAUACUCAACCGUACGGCGCUGGACCAAGAAGGUGGACAUCUUCUCUGUGGACAUUAUCCUGGUGCCUGUCCACUUAGGAGUGCACUGGUGUCUCUCUGUAGUGGAUUUCCGCAAAAAGACCAUCACGUAUUUUGAUUCCAUGGGUGGGAGCAAUGACGAAGCAUGUCGGAUUUUGCUAAAAUAUCUGAAGCAAGAAAGUGAAGACAAAAAGAAGCAAGACUUUGAUACCUCAGGCUGGAUACUUCGUAGUAAAAAACGCAACGAGAUUCCUCAGCAAAUGAAUGGCAGUGACUGUGGGAUGUUUACAUGCAAGUACGCUGAAUAUAUCACCAAAGACAAACCGAUCACAUUUACACAGAAGCACAUGCCGUAUUUCAGGAGGCGCAUGGUAUGGGAGAUCUUGAACCGGAAACUUCUGCGAUAAGUUCAUGUUUUGAGGACUUGCCUGGGAAAGCAAUGACAUGAAGCUCUAUCUCAGUGGUUUUUAUUUUUUAUUUUUUAUUGAACUUGAUACCUCAAAUUGGACACUUCAGUGAGAGACGGACAUGGAAGGGGUGCGUUCACACUUCUUCAGCUGGUGUCCCAUUUUGCUGAUGCUCAGCCUGCUUGAAUUUGUAAGGAUGCCUACGAAGGGACCCCACGAAGUCCAAGUGUUUUUCUCCUAAUAAUUCAGUCGUGCUUUUUGCUUAGAAUUUCUCUGCAGCAUGAUUUCUAUCUGAGUUUUUGGUGGUUGUUUUUUGUUUUGUUUAGUUUUUUUCCCCCGCCAGUGCCAUCUAUGAGGAACUUGCUCCGUCAACUGUUGAGUUGAGUUGACGGAAUCGAGAUAGAAGUUUUCACUUUUUAUCUGAAGUCAUAAUUGUUAAUGUCUUAAGUUUAUUUUAUCAUUUUUUUGCAUCAAAACAAAAAAGUAACUUGUCUGACCCCGACGGAAGCAGCGUGGGACCAACAGCUGUUUGCUUUCAAACAGUAAGCAAGCUAAAUCUGACAAUCUCAAUUUUUGUUAACUAAGCAAACGAACAUUCAAGAGAACACUAUAUUUUUGAUGUCAAGAAGAUUUUUAUUGCAAAAGAGCCGAAUUGCAUUUGGCUCGUUUCUGCAGAGGUCUGGUUUACAGCAGUUAUGACUUCAGUCUGAUUUCUUUCUUUUUUUUUUUAGGGAGGUUCAUUCAGCUGAGGCUCCACAUGGAUAGCCAAGAAACACUUUCUGAUGGUUAUUAUUGCUGCAGGAUGAGACGAGUGGCAAAUCAGAUCAGCACCAUUUAUCUGUAGAGAGGUCAGUGUAGGGUGACUUUACCUGUAAAUAGAACCAGCAGUAUAGCAUCCUCCUGUUUUAUACCGACCUCAGAGGAUGAGGAUAUUCGCCUCUCUUUAUGUAAGUGUACUAUAUUUAGAUACUUGCAGCCAUUUCUAGUUUUGUCUCCACUAUAUUUGCAAUUAUUGUACAUACUGUGUCUACACAGAUUAAUUGAAGUCAUAUUUAAUACAUUUUUGUACCUUUUAUUAUUGUUUUGUAUGUAGAUCUGGUCUUUCCAGAAAUAAAAAAAAACCUGAGGCUGUG